GCCAACAACAACAGCCGUCGAAGAAACAGGAGAGUGCACUCGUAAGUGCACAUAAUCACCAUAUUAACUUUUCACCGUGCGAAAUGCACACACAUUUCUUAAAUGAUAACCCACGCGGAACUUUGCCUUCAAUCUGCAGCACGGAACUAAAUAAUCGCAAUUUUCUAAGUGAAUCCUUUGAAAACGUGCAUAAGCUAACUGGCUAGCUAACGCCAGCAGGCUGAAUCCAACGCUAACUGUUAGCUAGCUGCAUUCAACAAAAGAGUGUUCAUCGCUGUCGUUGUAUGAGGGGUCUGAAAAGGGACAAAUAAAGAAACAUUUAUUUUAAGCCUGAAGCCCAACUGCUCCGGUCCUUUGGGAUCAUGGCGAAAGAUGCUGGUCUGAUAGAAACUAACGGAGAGCUGAAGGUUUUCAUCGAUCAGAAUCUGAGCCCCAGCAAAGGUGUCCUGUCUUUGGUUACAGUCCAGGCUACAGCUGUCCCCGUGGCCAAACAGCUACUUCCCAAAACUCUUGGGCAAUCCAAUUUGAACAUUGCUGCACACAUGCAACAUUUGCCACACAUGGUGAUAGGAACACCCCAGAGGCCUACGAUGUCCAAUACCAUUUUGGUAAACAGUCCACAUACACCCAGUUCCCAGUUCCUCACUCAGAAUCCACCAUCAGAUGCCUCUCCGUGGUCUUCAGGAAAACGCGGAAAGAAAGGGGAAAAGAAUGGAAAGGGCUUGAGGCAUUUCUCCAUGAAAGUGUGUGAGAAGGUGCAGAAGAAAGGAGUCACCACCUACAACGAGGUGGCAGAUGAACUGGUUGCAGAAUUCAGCUCUGCAGACAGCCACAUGUCACCCAACGACGCACACGUGUACGACCAGAAGAACAUCCGACGGCGUGUGUACGAUGCACUUAAUGUGCUUAUGGCCAUGAACAUUAUCUCUAAAGAGAAGAAGGAAAUCAAAUGGAUUGGCCUUCCCACCAACUCAGCGCAAGAGUGCCAAAACCUAGAGGUGGAGAGACAAAGGCGGCUUGAGAGAAUUAAGCAGAAACAGUCGCAGCUUCAGGAGCUCAUACUGCAGCAAAUAGCUUUUAAGAACCUGGUGCAGCGGAACAGACAGACGGAGCAGCAGGCAAACAGAUCUCCACCUCCCAACUCCAUCAUCCACCUCCCGUUCAUUAUCGUCAACACCAGCAAGAAAACGGUCAUCGACUGCAGCAUCUCGAAUGACAAGUUCGAGUAUUUGUUCAACUUCGACAGCAUGUUUGAGAUCCACGACGACAUCGAGGUGCUGAAGCGGAUGGGCAUGGCCUGCGGUCUGGAGGUGGGGAAGUGUUCUCCGGAGGACCUGAAGGUCGCACGCAGUCUGGUGCCCAAAGCGCUGGAGCCCUACGUUAUAGAGAUGGCAAAGGGUCCAAUCAGUAACGUCUAUAUCACUGGAGGGUCCUCAGUCAAUGGAGCCCGUUACCCUGCAAGCAGCGACGGCUGCACUGACGGCACCAUGGCCUCCAGCUCGAACGACUCUCACUACAGCGGGUCUCGCGUGGAGACUCCAGUGUCUUAUAUGGGGGACGAAGACGACGAGGAAGAGUACGACGAAAAUGACGAUGAAGACUAACCCAUCUACACCUCGCCACUCCCAACAAGCACAGUCCUUCAAAACCACCUUCACCGUGGGAACGUAGUCCCCUUUUUGUGUGUGCUUCUUCAAUCUCCUCCCAGUUCCCCAUGCCUGUUUUUCUGUCUGGCUUUCUCAGGGGUCUAGAUGAAUGAAUUGGAAGUACAGAGGUGUGUUAUUGCAGCCGUCUUUUUCUGAUCCUGAUCACGUGCACCUGCACCGCAGCUUUGGGGGAAGGUGUCGUCCAAGGGAACUGUGGCCACGCUCUCAAGUCUUUGUAUGUUCAAUCCACUUCUCAAUAAGCCAUCCCACUUAAAAAAAAAGCAACCUGUAAAACCCACUGCUGUUGGAGAAUGUUCAAUGUACUUGUUUGAAUAGUUAUUCCUAUUAUUUUGCAUUACAUACGGCAGACAUGAUGAUCAAAAUGUUCCAAGAUGGCCAAAGUGUCUGCUUUAACCGUGUUAGUGCAACACGGUGGUUUCCGAGUGGCCUGACAGUCGCCAUGGCCUCCCAGGAUGUGGCUCCAUCACAUGUGUUGAGACGUUCUUCUUUUGUGUUCUGGGCAAUAAUUUUAAAUAGUUUCUUAUUCUCCGUUGUGUUGGGCUGGCUUCCUUCUGUUCCUGUAGGGAGCUGCUUUUCCUGAUCUUGUUUGCUAGUUUUUUUUGUUUUUUUUUGUAUUCUGGAGUUGAGGAAUUCUCCGUCACCGCCCUUGUCAACGCCUUGGUAGUGUUUACAAAAGAAUGGCACCAGCAAGGUAAAGACUUUUUAUAACCCAGGCUCCUGAUAGGUGAAUAAGCUUUGUUUGUGAUUUACGUAUACGAAUCCUACGACGAUUGUAGCUUAUAGUAUCCUUUAGAGGCCAGUGGUAAAGAUAGACCUUACAAACAAUUAUUGGUGUAUUGAAAUGUGUGGUUGCAUAGAUCUUUAUAUAUACUCCCUUCAAAGAUCUCCCUUUUAAAACUUGGCAACACAUGUACUGACUCUUCCAAAAACCUUUUCUGUAAUCUAAUAUAAGUUUGCAAAUUAAAAUAUAGAUUGUUUUAAUAA